AUGUCGAUGCAUUAUCAGGCCUUGGAUGAAGAAGCUUCCAACGUCGAAGUUGGUGUCGGUGCCGUGUCACCAGAUUGCCAGGUCAGCUCGAGUCUCGCAGUGCAGCCUGGUGCAUUCGCGGAGGUCUAUCAGUUGAUUUCGGCAAACGCUCUUCCAGGAAUCUCAGGAUCUGCGCAUGCUCCCGAGGUCUCCAAGAGUACCUGCCCUGUUGCUCUUCCCUCAUGCAUCCUCAUCUGGUAG